AUGGCACAGGAUAUCAAUCCCCAAACCCCGAGUGCCCAGUCCUGUUUCCUAUCAUGCUCUUCCGACCCAGAGACUUUGUUGUGGAGUGACGACCCGGGACUGACGAUGGCGCUCAACACCAUCCUUCUUAGUCUGAUACUCUCUGCCUUACAACCGGCGAGUGCACAAGACGACCGCGCCGUGGAUCCCAAUAAUCACUUCCUCUAUCCUCCCCUUCCUGGUGCGCAGCACACCGAGGACCCAACUGUUUUCUGGAACAACAUCAACGUGACUUUUGGUGUAGCGCAGACUCAACCAUUCAAGUGGGUUUCCGACAUGCCGAGCUGCAGUCCGGGCUCGUUCAACACUAUUUACUGGGAUGGUCGUAUCGAUCCAAUCGAUAUCAACAAUGGAAGUCAGGCUUACCUGGCGGCUUGGAACUGCUCCAACCUGUCUGCCAGCCCGGUCUUCUUUUCUCACUACUUCAACUUGACGGGACAGGCGCCAUCGACUUCGACUUCUGUGGCCACUUCAGCGACGCCAGUGACUAGUUCAGCCAACCCUACAUCGACUUCUUCGACUGACACGUCCAACACCACUCCAUCGAGCAAUGUGGCACUCAUUGGGGGUGCUGUAGGGGGAGGUAUUGCUGGUCUCAUUGUAAUCAUUGCAAUGGGACUAGCGUUCUGGAACCACUACAAGAAAAGACGCGCUCGGAGGAGUACAAGUGGCGAGCAGUCUCUCCGAUGGGUACAAUCGAAUUGCUAUGAUGUUGAACUCAGCAAAUCGAUCGGCCCUACACCAGCAUAUGUGGAACACCAACCUCCGAAGAACCUGGCUCAUCGUGGCCCAUCGGAGCUCGCAUGA